ACUCUAGAUUAAUUGACAUGUUUCUGAAUAUUAUCAGCACUGCUUAAUAUAAUUGGCAAAAAUGUAAUUAUGAUAGAAAAACAAGAUAAGAUAAAAAACAUACAAUGCGGAGGCAAAAGAAUAUAAGCGAGAAUAAAUUGAUGUCAGUAAUGUCUUGCACUUAUUGACCUAACUUACAUGCACAGUAGUGCAUGAAAGUGAAGUCGCUGUGAUAAAUGUGAUUUAAGGGAAUUCGUUCUGUGCGAGCAUAACUGACUGUAUGUGUAAAAACAACUCAUAUCUCAAAAGAACCAUGAGCCUGUGAAACCCUCUUAUGUCUCGAGUAAUGUUAGGGAAAAUAAUAUUAUCUUACACAGAAGCUAAUACCUUUGACCCGGCUUUUAGUGGUGAUGCCGGAAGCACAUUGUAGGUGGCAGGAGGAGCUCAAUCCUUGUUUACAGCUAAAGAAGCAAGUAUUUUAUUCGCCUAUACUAUGGAAUGAUCUCAUUCCUAAACGAAGUUCAAAUAUCGCUAGAAAUGACUUAACACCUGCAGUUAUUCCUGGCUCUGUCAGUACUUGCUGGUCAGACGGCCUGUUCGUCUAUCAGAGAACAGGAUAAUUUGAACAAAUGCAAAACACUAAGUAGCAACUGUAGCAAAAUCAUAAAUAGAUUGUUCUAUUCUAACCACUCUGUGAUACAUUUCUCUACCAUUUUUUUCAGUUAAUCCUUAAGGGAAGUAAUUCAUCUAUUACAAUGAGAUAUUAUAGAUAUAAGGCCUUUGAUUGUUUAUCAAGAAGCAUCGAACACGGUCUGUGGGACAAGAGUCUAAAUUUUUAUCUCUAAAGAUCAACACUUCUCUUAGUUUGCAUUUUACAAAAAUUUUUCUUAUAAUGAUGAUUAAUACAUUCUUUUAUUUUAUUCUUUUGUUAGGAACAUUGGAUUGAAGACUACGAAAUGGGUAAUGUUACCGAAUUCGAAGAUACUAUCGAUCAAAUUCUAAAAGAUAUCAUGCCACUCUAUGAACAACUACAUGCAUAUGUUCGAGGACGCCUUUGCUCGAAGUAUCAAAAUCGUUUUGAUUGUGAUGGACCUAUUCCAACUCAUAUUCUCGGAAAUAUGUGGGCUCAAACAUGGCAUGAUCGUCUGGAUGAUGUUAUUCCUUAUCCUGAUACUCCACUUGUUAAUAUAACCGAUGUAUUAAUUAAAAAACAAUUUUCAAUUCAUCAAAUGUUUACAACAGCUGAAUCAUUUUUUACAUCAAUUGGUCUUUAUCCAAUGA